AUGCGUGUCGACAAUACAAGACCACUUGAAUUUUCAGAAGGUGAUUAUCCACAAAUCGAAUAUCAAAGAAGACAACAGUAUUGGGACUCCAUUCGUCUUGCUCUUUUCACUUUGGCAAUUGUAGCAAUCAUAGGAAUUGCAAUUGGCAUAGUUACUCAUUUUGUUUCUGAGGAUGAUAAAUCGUUCUAUUUUCUUGCAUCUUAUAAAGUUACGAAUAUAAAAUACAAAGAAAAUUAUGGAAUAAGAACCUCCAGAGACUUUACAGAAAGGAGUCGCCAGAUUGAGAGAAUGAUGUCUAGGAUAUUUCGACGUGAUUCUUCUGGAGGCAAUCGGUUUAUCAAAUCUCAUGUUAUUAAAAUAAGCCCAGAUGAACACGGUGUGAACAUUUUUAUGGUGCUCAUGUUUCGAUACCCAUCUACGUCUAGUACUGUGCAAAUCAAGAAAAAAAUUGAAAACAUUUUAUAUCAAAGUCUGAAGACAAAACAGAUGCCUUUGACUAUAAACAGACCAUCCUUUACACUCACAUCUAUUGAUAGCAAAAAGAUGAGGAAUCUUCUCAACAGCCGUUGUGGAAUAAGAAUGACAACUUCAAAUAUGCCAUUACCAGCAUCAUCUUCUACUGAAAGGAUUGUCAAUGGAAGGCAGACAGCCGUGGAAGGAGAGUGGCCAUGGCAAGCCAGCCUUCAGCUCAUUGGGGCAGGGCAUCAGUGUGGAGCCACUCUCAUCAGUAACACUUGGCUGAUCACAGCAGCUCACUGUUUCCGCAAAAAUAAAGACCCUCAUCAAUGGAUUGUUACUUUUGGUACAACUAUAACACCACCUACAGUGCAACGAAGUCUGGGGAAAAUUAUCGUUCAUGAAAAUUACCGUAAAGAAACAAAUGAACAUGACAUUGCUUUGGCACAGAUGACUGCUAGAGUUGAGUUUUCCAAUGUUGUCCAGAGAGUUUGUCUACCAGAUUCAUCUAUAAAACUGCCACCCAAGACAAGUGUAUUUGUCACAGGAUUUGGGUCCAUAGUAGAUGAUGGACCAACACAAAAUAAACUUCGGCAAGCCAGAGUUGAAACCAUAAGCACUGAAGUGUGUAACAGGAAGGAUGUGUACGAUGGCCUGAUAACUUCAGGAAUGUUAUGUGCUGGGUUCAUGGAAGGAAAAGUUGAUGCAUGUAAGGGUGAUUCUGGUGGACCUCUGGUUUAUGACAAUCAUGACAUCUGGUACCUUGUUGGUAUAGUAAGCUGGGGACAAUCAUGUGCUCUUCCCAAAAAACCUGGAGUCUACACAAGAGUAACUCAAUACAGAACUUGGAUUGCUUCAAAGACUGGUAUCUAG